GUCUUCGGCCCGAGCUGUAUGAGGCAAAAACUCGUCCCACGUACGGUUCGGAGGCCGAGCCCCACCCCAGCAGUAAGGGUGCGGCUUAGGUCAACUAACACAAAAAAGAUACAGUUCACUCAACGAUUGCCUUUGGGUUCCGAACUCCAUAUGGGGAAGGAGCGUUGUUGUUUGCGAGGUCUUGAUCAUUUACAUGGACCCACUUUUCAUUCCAUUUGUGGGAAUUUGAUGAUCUAUAAACCGUCCCUAACGAGCGAUCGGCUCAUGUUUGAGCAUGAUCAAUCACUUCGUGCCGACCUGUUGCCAAUCCACUUUCCGGCCUCAUAUGAGAAUGGAAAACUGGAGCAUUUUAUCCAUCGGUGGAUGAAGAAUCGCGAACAUAAUAAUUUCUGGUUGACCAUGUUCCCAGAAAAAAGAUACUUUCGAGAAAGGACGAGCACGACUGAAGUGGCUAUACAUACAAAUCUAUUUACGGAUCUAUAUGCUUCGAUUGGAACUGGAAGUUCCAGAACAGGUGGCUGGUAUACCACAAUAAUAAAACUUCCUUUUCUUUUUUUUAUUCGGAUCGGAUUUAUGUUGGCUUCGUUGGGAGGCUCGCGUAGUUUGUUACGUCAGCUCCAAAAGGAUAAGUUGCGUUGGAAUUGAUAAAGUUCCGUGGAGUUCAUAAUUGCAUAAAAGGAGUCAAAGUAGUGGCUGCGGCGCGUUGAGGCACUUCUUCGACGGUCCCCGUACGCCCGGCCUGCCGGCCCGCUCUGAAGAAUUCAUGAUUUAUAUAUGUUUCAGGCCGGUGAGAGGGAGUGCGGAAUAAGGAUUGAUUUCACUGUAUCCAUCGUAGCCCACCCCAUCUACCUAUUGUCGGAGGUCAAUUGUUGCUCCCUCUCUCGAGAUUGCAAUCCCUAUCGAGUCGGGAAGGAAUGAGUAAUGGGUCGGGGAAUCGGGCAUCGGCCCUCUUGGAUCCGGUAGGAGCAGGAGUAGGUAAGUUAGUAUCGAUCCGGUGAAGAAAAGAGAAUUUCGUUGAUAGAGACGUUAGAUCUGGAGGAAGCAUCUGGUCACAUAUCCCAAAACCUUCACGGGAAAGGAACGGACUCACUCGCCCUACUUCUAAAGAUAGAUAGAAAAGGUUAGGGAGUCCCAGCUGCUGAGGUGGCGUAGUGAGAGGUGAGAGCAAUAACAACAAAAGCAGCGGAAGAUCCUGCAGUAGUAUAUUCGGUUGUUUGCGGUGGAAUAGA